AUGUUCGACACGGUCUGCACCCUCCCGCUCUCAGCGGACCUGUUUUCACAGGCCAUUCACCCCAACGAACCCGUUGUCUCCGUCGGACUGUCCACCGGCCAUGUCCAGACUUUUCGGUUGCCGUCGGAGGAAAGCAGUGACGACGAUGAUGGGACGGCGUCGAAUUCGUCGGCGCGCAACGGCAAGGGUCACAUUGAUACGAUGUGGAGGACUCGCCGGCACAAGGGAAGCUGUCGCUGUCUAGGAUUUGGAGUGGACGGGGAGAUGCUCUACUCUGCUGGGACGGAUGGGUUGGUGAAGGCCGCGAAGGCGGAGACCGGUGUGGUGGAAAAUAAGAUUGCGAUUCCUCUUGCGAAGGAUGGAUCCGUCGAUGCCCCGACGAUCAUUCAUGCGCUCUCUCCCCAGACUCUCCUCCUUGCUACCGACUCCAGCGCUCUCCACCUCUACGAUCUUCGCAUUCCCUUCUCGAACGUGUCUGCCAAACCCCAACAGACGCAUCACCCGCACGACGACUACAUCUCCUCUCUCACACCGCUUCCUCCGUCAGAUACGAGCACCUCCGGCUUCAGCAAGCAAUGGGUGACCACCGGUGGCACAACGCUGGCCGUUACCGACCUCCGCCGCGGCGUGAUGGUCCGCAGUGAAGACCAGGGUGAGGAGUUGGUAAGCUCAGUCUACAUUGGUGGCUUGGCUUCCAGUGGGACAAGCCGGGGCGAGAAGGUGCUUGUGGGCGGUUCUAGCGGCGUCUUGACUCUGUGGGAGAAGGGUGCCUGGGACGAUCAAGACGAGCGCAUCUACGUUCAGCGGGAGGCGGGAGGCGGUGAAGCGCUGGAAACCCUCGCCGUCGUUCCUGAUGAGCUCGGCAAGGGCAAGAUGGUCGCUAUUGGAUUGGGGAGUGGCGGAGUGAAGUUCGUCCGCAUCGGCAUGAAUAAGGUCGUUUCGGAGGUCAUGCACGACGAGACUGAGGGUGUCAUUGGCCUGGGAUUCGACGUGGAGGGACGCAUGGUCAGUGGAGGUGGCCAGGUGGUCAAGGUCUGGCACGAGGCUGUUGGAUCCAACGACAUGGACGUGGACAUGGCUGGCGGAAAGCGCAUGUUCGGCGGUGAUAGCGACGACAGCGAUGACGAUAAUGACUCAGAGGAUAGCGAGCAAGAGCAACGGCAACCGGUUGAGCCGCAGAGAAAGCGCAAGAAGAACAAAGGCAAGGGGAAACGAGACAUCAUAGCCUUUGCCGACAUUGAUUGA